UCUCAGUGCUUUCGAGUACGCGAUCGAGGAACAACGCAGCGCCGGAAAAAUCAGCUACAAGCGGGAAGAAUGAAGUCGGGCGCGGGAGCGACACUUGCCCUACUUUUGUGUGUUUGGUGGGGCACAGCGCAGGCGCAGGUUGCCUAUGUGCGACACAUGUCGGAGCUGCGGAUCAAGGAGCUCAAUGAUCUUGCCAUUCGCAUAGGGGACUCGAUUAACCCGGAGAUAUACGCCUGCGACAGCUACUACGACUACGUGUGCAGUCGUAAUCGACCACUCUUCUCGAUCAUGGGUCACAUGCCACAGACAAGUGAGCUCAUGCAGCUGAUGACGCAGCUGCAGAACGAUCCGGAGCAGUUUGAGGCGAAGCAGAAGCUCAUGGACUUUUUCAUAUCUUGCAACACUCUGCGCUCGGUAGAGGACUGCUAUCGCGAGACGUUUGAGUUCUUCAAGCCGCUGUUUGGAUUCAUAAUAACCAAGAACCUGGUGGAGUCCAGCAGCCACGAGCUGCGCGACUUCCUGGACGUGUUGGACCGCUUCGUGGCCAGGUCAAAGGAAAUCUUUCGCUCGGACUCGCAUCCCAUUCUCAGCAAAUUGGCCACGUACAAGGAGAAGUUCCGCACGCCCGCGAUAUACUUCCAUUCUGGGGACUUGAACCGGGAGUACAGGGCCCUGCGCGUCUACCGCGAGAGUUACGAGCACAACAUCCGAAACCUGGAGCAGCACCGCAAGAGGAACUCCACCUACGAGCUGGGCGUGCAGCGAACCAUGCUGGACUGGAGCCUCUAUCUGUUCCAGAGCAGCAACAAGCCGAUGUCCUAUUUCUACCCCACCUUCACCGUCCACCUCUACAUGACCCUCUUCAACAGCACCGAGCGGCAGCGAGACUUUACGCGAUUCCGCGAAGAGGUGGAGUGCCUCAAGCUGCCGCAGUUCGUCAACGUCCUGGACGAGGCCCGAAUGCUGGCUGUCAUCUACCUGAAGAGCUUCCGCUACGCGUGGCACGACUACAGCGACUGGAUUAUCUCCCGAACGACGCACCGCGAGAUCUACGACCACGAGGACACAAUCCUCAAGAAGUACCACCUGAACAACAAGCGCCUCUUCUUCACCCUCUACGCCCAGAACUUCUGCGAGUUUGGCAAGAACCUCGCAGAGUCUCUCUUCUACUUGGGUCUCAAGCAAAACGAAGACUUCAUCAAUAGCUACUCGUGCGGCCAUCAGACACAAUCCUCCAGCUGUGUCUGACUUCGCUUCAACGAUACUGAUUGUAGGAAAACACUCGGCUCUUGCCUAACUAAAUAUAUUACAACUCUACA